CAGGGAAGCGCGCCCCAUCCAGCCCGCUCGCGGACCUCCCGCAACCUCAGGAUGCCGGAGGCCAAGAGCUCCCGCCAGGACCCGCUGCGAUGGAAGAAGCAGCCGGUGCGCCGCACGGUCAGCCAGAUCUGUCCGCCCCCGCGGCGGCCCCUGACCGUGGCCGACAUCCGACCCGGCAUGGAGAACGAGAGGCUGGGAGUGGUGCGGGAUUCCAUGUUUCAGAACCCGCUCAUCGUCAAGGCUGAGCUCGGGAAGCCCCGAGAGAGAAGCUGCAGUUUGCCGGGAGUUGAUUUUAAUUAUGGACUCUACACCCGGGGACUGGAUGGAGGCGUCCCCGCAGCCAUCGGACACUGGAAUGUGUUUAAGCAGCAGCCCACCUGCCCCCAUGAGCUGACCCGGAACUACAUCGCCAUGAACCGGGGGGCAGUAAAAGCCGGUCUGGUAACCGCUCGGGAGAAUUUCCUCUACCGCCAGCUCAAUGACAUCCGUAUCAGUGACCAGGAAGACCGGCACGUCAAGAAGGAGCUGCCCUCUUUCCCACCAAAUAUGACAUUUGGGACCCCGGCACGGCCCUCCACACCUUUCUUUGACCUGCUACAGCAUCGCUACCAGCAGCUUUGGGUGCAGGAACAGAAGGCCACCCAGAAAGCCAUUAAACUGGAGAAAAAGCACAAGGUGAUCCUGGGGAAGCUAUAUGAGACCCGGAGCAGUCAGCUGAGAAAGUACAAGCCGCCCGUGAAGCUGGAUGCCCUCUGGCAUAUGCCUCACUUCCAGAAGGUGCGUCCCCACCUCAGCACCUUCCCCAGGGAGGCCGAUCGCCAGAGGGCCCUGAGAGCCCACCAGGACGAGCAGGCGGUGCGCCAGGGGACCCUGCGGAUGGGCAACUACACCCACCCCUAAAG